AUGGCUCGGGUCGAGUUCUCUAUGUGGGGGUUUUGUUUUAUGUUUAUGUUAGCUCAAUACCAAGUACAAGAAGCGCAAGGUGCAGAGUCUGUACCUGGUCUUGGCAUCAAUUGGGGUGCAUUAGCAUCCCACCCUUUGAAUCUUAACAUUGUGGUAAAUAUGUUGAAGGAUAAUGGGAUCAAGAAAGUUAAACUUUUCGAUGCAGAUCCUUGGACAGUGAGUGCUUUGUCUGGUACAGACAUAGAAGUCAUGGUGGGAAUUCCUAAUGAUCAAUUGAGUAAAUUUGCUGGAAGUAGCCAUAAUGCAGAACAUUGGGUGAAAGCAAACAUCACCAAACGUCUUCAUGGUCAUCAUGGGGCCGUGAAAAUCAGACCACAUUCCCAGCAAUGCAAAAUAUUGGCCAUCGACAAGGCUGGUCUUGGAGACACAGUGAAGGUUACUACUGCUUUAAAUGCUGAUGUUUAUGAGUCUUCUUCAGGCAAGCCAUCAGAUGGAAAUUUUCGGAGUGACAUUGGUGACGAUAUAAAACAAAUACUGAGUUUCCUUCACGAAAGAAACUCACCAUUUCUUGUCAACAUAUACCCUUUCCUUAGUCUCUACCAGGAUGACAAUUUUCCAGAAGAAUUUGCCUUCCUUGACGGUCAAGGCAGAAUAGUUCAAGACAAAAACGUGCAAUAUAGCAACGUGUAUGACGCAAAUUUAGACACCCUUGUUUGGUCAUUGAGAAAAGCUGGUUACCCUGACAUGAGAAUCGUGGUUGGUGAAAUUGGAUGGCCAACUGAUGGUGACAAAAAUGCUAAUAACAAGAAUGCAAAAAGGUUCUACGAAGGGCUACUCAAGAAAAUGGGACAGGAUAAAUGGCCUAUUGCUGCUAAAGGUGUCGUGUACCAAGAACGUAAAUGGUGUGUCCUAAACAGUGAUGUUAAGAACUUGAGCCUUGUACCAAGUGCACUAGACUAUGCUUGUGCUGGUGCUGAUUGCACAAGCUUAGGAUUUGGUUGUUCAUGCGAAAAUUUAGACCUGGCUACCAAUGCUUCAUAUGCUUUCAACCAGUACUUUCAAUCAAAGGGACCAAAAGUUGAGGCUAAGCUUGUAAUUUCAAUGGAUUAG